UUGGAACAAAUCAACGGGCGUAGCCGGUGGGUAAAGCCAGUCUAGUAUGCAGGAAGAGAAGAAAUUAGCGACUCUUUAGUUCAGUCGCCAAGAAUAUAUUUUUUUUAGGUCUUAAAAUACUCCAUUCAAUUGAACGGAAGCUAGGCUUGUUACAUAUAGGAAGUCAAACUUGUGGAACAGGUUUAGAUUUAUACUUUAUAUCUAUAUAUCUAGAUCUGGAUUUGAACUAGAUCUCUUUGUGUCUAGACUGAUUUUUAAAAAAGAGAAAUGUUUAGCCUCUUGUGGGUAUUCAAGAUGGCUGGAUGGGUCAGCCUCUGCUCCAUUCAACUUUGUGCUUCUUCUUAUAAAAGUGAUGUCCCGGAGAUUUUAGCCUUUAGCGUGACCACGUUUAAGUCAAUCUGCAGAAGCAGCAACUAUGUGGUGCUGGACAGGGGCGAUUAUCUAAAGUUUCAGAUUAUUAUCUUAAGCAAGAGGAUCGACUUUUCUAUGCUGCCCUGGAGAAUUAUAGUGUACUUCAAUUCCUCUCUGUUUGAUGGCGUCAACACGGUUGGUGCGAUCCUUCCGCUGUACAACGACGGCAAGGACGGGGAGUUCGCCAUUGGCACUUACUACUACACCGAAUAUUUGCUGGGAGCAGAGCUGAACCAACAAGCCUUGAUGAAGUAUAACCAGUCGACGUUUUACACCACCUUGGCCUACGCAGACCAGAGAAUUACGUCGAAAGAAGUGCCAGCACCCACGAUAUUGCGUAAAGAGAUCGAGGUGUUGUACGUCAACGGUAAUGUGGUUCCGGUAGAUAAUGAAGUCGUCUUCAUCAGCCUGUGGGGCAUCACCACCAUCACCUACUGUGUGUACAAUAUCCAGAGACAAACCAUCCACAUGUACCUGGACGGCAUCAACUAUUACAGCAACACCAGCUGCGCCCGCGUCCUGUUCAAGGCGGUGGAGAAGUUCUCUGGGAUAGGCCUCUUCACCCAAGUGGAGGAGUUGGAUGACGCCUGCCAGAGAAGGAUAUUUCACAAUUACAUUCUCUCCUUAGAUCCGGACUCAAUGAAGUUUGCCGGAGACUUUGUCUUGAAAAAUGAUAUGUUAGAUGUUGAUGACAAUGACUCUGUUAUCUUGGAGGUGGUAGGCAUUAAAUUUUUGAAGUCUCUGGGCAAAUUAAUCGACGAACCAGUGGAACUUGGAGCUCAUUCUGUGGACACAGACCUCUUCGAAGUGAUGAUGCGCCUCGCUUUGGCUUUCUUGUUGUACGCAUGUCAGACCCAGUGAAGGAUUGCCAGCAGACAAGACGGAGGGACAUUGUUUUUGAAAGUUGUUAUUGUUGUGAACAAUGCUUUGAUCUAAGUGUAGUACAUCUCUGUUGUUGUUCUUGUUGUUGGGGACACAUUCAGUCUAUAUAUAACCAGUUUCGUUUAGUUUGUUUAUCAAAUAUAAGCAGUGGGAAAAGUUAAAAUAAAUGCUAUAUCCUAUUAA